CUAACCAAAGGUCGCGAUUAGAUAAGGCUUGCUCCGGCCUCCCGCCUCGUCGCAGCAAGCGAAAAUCUCGAAUGACCCGCCCGCCAACGGGCAAAAUUCCGCUACGAGCCGCACCUGGAUUGCGGCCUCUGCCAAACGAACCAAACUCCACAAAGCACGGCCGUCAUUGUGACCUGCUAAAAAAUACGGGACGAGACUUUCCAGGCGUGAUUGGCGUUUGAAAUCAUCACAGUGUGCAAGUUGUAAUUGCCCUUGCGUGACCAACGCUCCCCCCCGCCAGGUACCUCUCGACCUUUCGACCGACCCAGAGGCUGUUUCUCCCAGGACACCAGGAGCCAUGUUCGAGCUCCCAGACGCCAAGAGAGUCCGGCGAGAGGACCUCGACGGAUCGUCCGAGGACGAGGCGGCGGGCCACGAUGAACAGCAGGACGCCGAGCUGCUCGCGAAGCUCCACGCCCGCAUGGCGGGGAUGCUCGACCUGAGCGGCAUCGACCAGAGGCCCACGAAGACCACCUCCACCACGGGCCAAGACGCGCCGAUGACGGACGGCCCAAACGCUGACGACGCAAACGACGAUGACGGCCCCGAAGAGUUCGAGUUCCGGCUAUUCACGACGACGGACCUGGCGACCAAGAUCGCGCUGGUCGACGAGGACGAGCUCGCGCUUCAGAGGGACGGCGACAUGCUGCGCAAGAGGCCGCUGUCUUACUACAUCGCGGGCGAGCCGACGCCCGAGGCCAAGGCGGAACUGGCAUAUGCGGCUGUUUCGGGCGACGAGGUGCUCGCGCGCGCGACGCAGCGGUGGUGGGGCAUGGAGAUGCCGUGGCGGGUGACGCGGAUCCCCGGCGCGUCGAAGAAGGGGACGAAGACGACGGGCAAAGGAGGAGCCGCAGAAGAUGAAGAAGAUAAAGAAGCACGGAGGAGGCGGCCCGGGAAGAAGAAGCGAAUUGCGUUGCGGGUCAGGGAGCGCGAGCGGAAGAAGAAGGCUGAGGAGGAGGAGAUGAAUAAGGCGGGAAAGGAGGAGGCACUCAAGGAGAAGAAGAAACGGCUCAACCGGUUGAAGAAGCUGAGAAAGCGCGCCAAGGCCAAGGAGGGCAAGAAGGGCGAUGGCGGCGAGGACGGGGCCGAGGGGGGCGAUUCCGGGUCCGGGUCUGACGGGGGUGAUGAGUGAGCGAGGCCCUUUCUCGGUCGAGUCUCCGAAUCGACGUUGCGAAAUGCAUGUGCUGUGCAAGAAUGAAAGGGGACUGGCCGGAAUGUGCGUUUCGAUAAUGGCGAGUCGGGACCAAGCGCAGUACCCAUGUGAUCCCAACUCAUCGGUCGUCUAGUAUGGUUUGUCGACAAGGCAGGAGAGCAUCUGGUUGCCUACUUACAAAAGAAGCGCACGGCGGCCGGCUUCUCGCUGAUCGCUGCAGCGGGAUGAAGGCAUUGGCUCGUAUCUCGCCGUCCCGUCGAAACCGUCAUUCCGGCCGUCUUUUAUCAAGCGAACAAGGCCUUUCCAACCAAAGGCCGGGGUUUACAGUCUUGCGAGAUGCGUGAAGUUGAUGUGACUAGUGAUCCUUGUGAGCGCUGAUGGUCGUUGUGUUGUGUAGUGGAGUUGAUGACUGACUAACCACGGAUUUCUCUACGGACAGCAUCGUCUCCUUCUUACAUAGACGCAACUGCAUAGGGACAUUGAUUCAGAUAAGAUGCUUCAAUUGGGGCCACAAGAGCGUGUGCCAACUCCAAUGUCGCUCUGGAUGCGAUGUCUGCCUGGUCUGGUAUACCGCUUCCUGGGUAGAGAAUCCGUGCCAAAACUACAACGAAGAGACCAAUCGAGAUCUCCGGCACAUAAUCCACUCACGGAAGUUUUAACAAAGUGAAUCGUGAUGGAUGACUGAUGCUCUUCUCUCUCCCAUGUGAAUUGCUUCAACAAACCCACCUAGCCACUUAGUCGACCAAAAAGUGUAGCACCCUCAUGACGUGCA